GCAAAAUAGUAAAAUCUGUGCUCCACUCAGUUUCAGACUGUAUUUAAAGAUUUUUAGUGUUAAAACUAGAUAAACAACUCUAGAAGUAAUUCUUAGACAAACAAAUUAUUGAAUAUUAAUAUUGCGUCGCUGUAAUUCAACGACCUUCAAUAAGCAUAAGGCGUUCUGAAGUACAAAAUAAGGUUAACCUUAAAAUAUCUUACAGCUGAUUGUGUAUUACUGUUAUUACAGUGGAUGAAAGUUUCAAAAAUGUGUAAUAAAGGAGCUGCAGUUGCUGAAUUAUUUGCAAAAGCCAUAGCUUCCACAAAAGGAUUUGACAGCAAUCUUCGAAAGUUAAAGGUGGUAAGCUGUGGAAAUGGCAAGAUGGUUACAGAAUUCAAAGUAGGGCCAGAACACCUUAACCAAAGAGGCACCCUUCACGGAGGAUUUAUAUCUCACCUGGUCGAUGCUAUCUCUACAUAUGCUCUGACUACCAAUGACACUAUAGAGACCAGGGGGGUAUCUAUUGACUUAAGUGUAACGUUUAUGAGUGCAGCAAGGGAAGGUGACAAUAUUGAAGUAGAAGCUGUGACUAGAAAAACUGGGAAAAAAAUAGCAUUCCUGGAAGUUGAAGUGCGCAAUAAAGACAAAAAUGUGGUUCUAGCAACAGGACGGCACACAAAGUAUAUAGGAAUUUAAGUAAUAUUUUAAAAUAAAUGUACUGUAAUUGUAAUUUAUGUAAUUAAAUGUUGAUGUAUCAACAACCUUUCAAAUCAUUGAAUAUACAGGUAGAUAUUAGUUAGCCAAAGAUAAAGUACAAAUAUAGGUGCACUGGUAGAACUCUGUGUACUUUUAAGUAAUACAAAUUCAUUCCUUUAAUAAAGUUUUUUU